GAACGUAUAUAUAUAGCAUUUGACAUACUUGGUCCGUGUUUAAACGUCACUUUGCAAUUUGUUUACAUAUAUACGCCGAAAGAUUUAUAAAUCGGUAAUUUUUCCGAAGAAAUAUUCAUUUAUUUGGGGCAAAAAUACGUACACACCAUGUCAACAGUAUCGGUUGAGCUCAGUUCAUACCGUGACCAACAUUUUAAGGGUACACGCGGUGAACAAGAAAAGCUGCUGAAAAUAACGGCAACGCUUUACGUUGGAAACAUGUCGUUUUAUACCACAGAGGAGCAAAUCCACGAGCUGUUCUCACGAUGUGGUGACAUCCGUCGCAUUAUUAUGGGUUUGGACAAAUACAAGAAGACGCCGUGCGGUUUUUGCUUCCUCGAAUACUACGUUCGUGACGAUGCCGAGAAUGCGAUGCGUUACAUCAAUGGAACACGUUUGGAUGAUCGUAUUGUGCGUGUUGAUUGGGAUGCUGGUUUCAUUGAAGGCCGGCAAUACGGAAGGGGCAAAUCGGGUGGCCAAGUGCGUGACGAAUAUCGAACCGAUUUUGAUUCGGGCCGUGGUGGCUAUGGAAAAUUGAUUCAACCGAAAAUCGCACCAAACACAAAUGAAGGCCGAUGAGGAAGAACGACAUUCGAUUUCUAUGACAUUUAAACAAACCAAUACUUUUAAGUUUUCGAUAAUAAAAAAGUGAAAUUUAUUUAUAAAUUCAAUAAAAGCAAAAACAAUGGAAAGUUUCAUUUUAAAACUCA